UGUUUAACGGGCGUGCUCUAAUUUAGGCCCAGCCCGACCUAUCAGGUUUAAAAGCUAGGUUCAGAUCCGUUUGAAAUACUUUGAGCUCGGGCAGGCCACGUGGGAUUUGAACAGGUCUACUCGGGACGGAGUUUUCGCACUAAAGAAGGGUUCACCUAGUAAUACAAAGAAAAUUAAACGCUUCGCUGUACCUCACGUGUGCGGUCUUGCUCUUGGCAUGGUCGCGAAAGCGUAAGCGAUAAAGCAUAGAGCGGACGUCAGUGCCGCUGCCUUUACACAAACUCACCUACGCGGAAGUAGGUUUGAAGAUUCUUGGUCAGUUCUUCCCGAGCUUCCUAUUUUACCAACAAAAAUCAUUCAAAGAUGAAGAGAAGAAACGGUCAGCACUCAGCUCUCUCUAUCCCUUGUGACCGAAGACCGGUAUAUGGCUCUUGUGAUAUUAACGAAGAAGUCGCUUUUCUCAGUCAAACUUCUCUUCUCUUGUACGGACACAAAACCACAGCCUUAUAUAUCCCGACGCCCCAUCCCUCCUUCAGGUUUAAAACCCACUCGAUCCCCUUCUUUUAUUUAUCUCAUCCUUUAUUUCUCAAUCUCUUGCGGCCAUUCAGCAAGAAACAAAGGGGAAGGAAAUACUUCCAGCUUUGCUUUCAGUUGGCCUCCGAUCAUAGUCUCUUUGUGCAAGCUCGACCGACUUCUGCAUAAAUAGUUGGUUGCUAAAGCGAACUCCACCUCGUUUGUGCUUCCCCUCCAUUUGUUUUAUACGCUCCGUUCCAAGUAUUGCUUCUUGUAAGUCCCAGCAUCAUUGUUAAGCUUCGACACCACCCCAACGUUCACGCAAUUUAUCAAGCGGCAACAUUAAUACCUCAGCUCAAAGUACAUCAGCAGCACUAGACUUCCACUAGAAUUACUUCUAGUUCCAGGAACAGCAAUAACCUCGCAAGCCAUGCCCUGAUUCUCUUUUCCAAACGGUUCUCCUAAACGUUUCUUCAUCUGCCUUUCUCGGCAAUUUUCAAUUUUUAGGCACCGACGUCAUCUCGUUCUGUAAGUAAACAAAUGGAGAAGGGAACCAGCUGGGACCUCAGUUUGCUUCUCAAGGCGCUAACUCAAGGCGAAGAGCAAAUUAGGCAGCUCCAAGCGCACCUAGAUGAUCCUUCCUCCGCUGAACAGAGCAAGUCGCUAGCACAACAGAUACGAUUCACCUUCACCAAAGCCAUUUCCAUGGCCAAAUUGAUCAGCGCCGACAGCGCUCGGCAGCCACCUUGCCCCAAUAACACCAGCGCCGGCUCGCCGCGAUCAACCGGCAGGAGACCACGGAGCGAGAAUUCUGAGAAAGCCUUCAGGGAACGCGAGCGGAGGGAGACGUCCAACAAGAGGAGGGCUUUGCCCAGGUGGUCUGGCCAAGUGCGCAUUUCCUCUGGCGCCACCGCCGAAGGGCCUAUAGAUGAUGGCUUUAGCUGGAGGAAGUACGGGCAGAAGGACAUCCUUGGAGCCAAGUAUCCAAGAGGCUACUACCGGUGCAGUCAUCGCAAUUCCCGAGGAUGUCUUGCCAAAAAACUAGUGCAGAAAUCGGAUGCAGACCCGGCCGUCUUUGACAUCACAUACUGGGGGGAACACACAUGCCUCCAAAGGCCACGGGCGCACUCAGCAUCAGCGGCCCCGGAACCAGACAUGCAAGGAGACCAACAGAAUCCUCCACUCGAGCAUGACAAACAACAUCCCCAGCAUGAUCAGCAGCUGCUCCUGAGCUUCCGAACAGGCCUCAAGGUGAAAACUGAAGGCUUGGAGAGGGAGGAUCAAGACCUUACGUCUUCUUCCUUCUCUUUCCCUUCUACACCAGUCAGCAGCUUGAAGCAUGAGAACCAAAUCUUUUCCGCGCCUCCGACACUGGAGAAUAAGCUCACGGGCAGUUUCUCCCCUAACUUUGUCUCACCAACAACCUCCGGGUCGAGCCACUUCUCAGUUCUAUGCCAGAUAGACAACCAUGGAGACGGAACAGCUCCGCAUACUUCAGAAUCUGACCUCGCCGGGAUAAUCUCCACUUCAGCUUCGGUGACCAAUUUCCCUUUGCUUGACAUUGAUUUCAUGCUCGAACCACUUAUGGAUUUUGAACCAAAUUUCCCAUUUCAUAAUUCCAACUUUUUCCGAUAAAUUAUGUAAAAAGAAUCCGAUCACUCAAAUGGGUGUCAAGAUGGGCCUGUUGCAAACAUUAUCUAGUGAAGAAGAACCAAAGAUGCAGGCAUGCAAGGGAGGGCUCCCAUUUGAUUUUGUCGCAGUGUUAUUCUAUUAUUAAUGUAGGUAGAACUUUCAGUAACUCUUAUUUCUUUCUUUUCUGCGCUUGGGAGUUCCUUUGUUGUUGCUUAAUUGUUCAAUUGUUGAAAUUAAUAGACUUUUUGUUUCAUGCUUAA